UAGCGUUUUAAGCACUAUGAUAUACAAUCCAAUCUAGCAACCAGAAGAGUGUGGAUUCCGAAAGCUUUUAUCACUCCAUAUUAGAUUGCAUGAAACGAGGACAAAAUUACAAAAUGGUGACAAGUAUGGGACCAUUUUCCCUUUAUUUCCGAAAUGGGGAAUAGGGUAAUAUUUUUGUCAAUUAGUGUAAUCAUUAAUAUUUUGAUAACCUACAUCCUUGGACUACAAGAACACACCAUUAAUGGGAAAGAAGGGGAGGAUGUACAUCUAAGAUACAUUGCUUCUGAUUACAGACCGGACUGUACAUUUGACCUAUUCUUAGAUGACGAUUUGUUUUACAAAUCUGAAACAAGGAUCUGGUCAGAAAACUUUCCACUCUCCAAGAGGGAACGGACAAACGUAGAGACAUACUUCGUCCAGGAUAAUUUUCUUGUUACAAUCGCUAUUGUUCAUCUAAGCCGAGAGGAUUCUGGAAGUUAUAACUGCUCUUUUACAUGCUCCAACCUGACUUUUUCCAAGCAUCUCAGUCUUCAAGUGACUUAUCCUCCAGGCAAGGCAUCGUGUUCCUGGCCAGAAGAAUACAAUCCACAUCUCCAACACACGGGUCAUAUUAGUUCUCGGCAGUUACAUUGUAGUUUUCAAAUUGGAUACCCUACUGGAACAGUUAUUUGUUUGACAACUGUUCGGAACAGUUUGGCACAUCGUGCACAACUUCCAUUAUAUGUUACAGACGAUGGUGAUUACAUAAGUGGCGUAUUCUGGUUGAGUCAGGGAAUCAUAAAAGUUUCGUGUUGUUCUAGCAGUAGUAAAUAUCACAUAAGACACAGAGAUUGCAAGGACUUUGAAGAAACUCUUUACCCUGUCUUAUCAAAAAGUAGCCCACUACCAUCAUUGGCAUCGCAAGCUGUGACAAAAGAAGUUAAGAAUAUUUUACCUUUUGUAACACAAUCUAACAAAUCUCUCUCAACAAUAAAAUCUGUAUCUUUCAUUACUCUUUUUUCCAGCCUAAUUCUCCUAACCAUCAUAUUUUCCUUCUGAAAAAAGUAUUAUAAAGACCAACCGUUCUCUUUUAAUCAGCUAUGAAAGUAAUCAUGAAUAUAUAUCUACUUUUAAAUGUUUUCUUAUUUGCUUGUGAGGUAAGCUCACGAAUGCUGUAUUAUACGGAGGGUGAACAAGCUGAAAUCCUCUUCCAUUACGAUAUAACAGGCAUUGAUGGUGUUUAUGUUAAAAUGAGCAUGCAAUAUCGUGGAAGUUUCUAUGAAAACUCCCAAAUGGUAUCCACAGGGCUGAGUGAAAGUCAGUUUGAACGGUAUCAGGUAAAACAAAUACUUAAUGACAAUAUACUUGAGGUUAGUGUUACUAUAUUGAAUAUAAGCCGGGAAGAUGGCGGGACAUACAUCUGUGAUGCAUAUAUCAAUGAUAUAAAGCAAGACGAGCUCACAAAGAAAAUUAGCCUUCUUAUUGAAUAUCCACCGGGAAAACCUCUUUGUAACCUGGUUAGUUCGAAGGAAACAAAUAUGGUUACCAGUGUUUGGAAUAUCAUUGAAUGUGUAGCCCCACUUGGAAAUAUGCCUGGAAAAAUUGUUUGCUUCCAAGAUGACGAAGUAGUACCUCCUAAAACAGACUUGAUUUACAAUGCAACAGCAAUUGAACAAAUGUUUUGGGCAAGAAAUGGUAAAAAUGUUUUAUGCUGCACUGCAGGCUAUGAAAACGAUAACAUUUCUAAAAUGUUGUGUACAAAUUUACAAAAUGGUCAGAAUAAUUUGCUUUAUGACCUGACGACUAGUGAUCCCCCAAGAAAACCAUCGGAUGCAUUUGAAAAGGGCGAUCAAGAUACGGGCAAUACUGGACAUGACGAAUUUCAAAAAUGUCAUUCCGAUACAUAUACCUUAUCAAUUAUUCCAGAGGUGGUAGUUGUGUAUCUAGUAUUAAUUGGAACAAUAUUUCAUAUUGCGUUGAGCAUACUAUUGUAUAGAAAGACACGCAGAAGACUAAUAAAAGACCCAUCGUCUUCUUCUUCUUCAACGGACAUGAAAAUCACGAAAGAUACCACAACUAGAAUUUCAUGGGAUGGUCAUCAUGAAGAUGACUCUCAAAAGGAGUCUACUCUUUUUCUUCGUUCGAGUGCACGAUCCAGCUCUUCCGGUAUUGAGAGUUCUUCUUCGUAAUAAAUUAUUCAAUCAUUGCUGGUUUUUCAAGCGCCAUAAAGUAUGGAAGAAUCGGUUUCCUAAUAUCAUUCAAAAAGUCUCUAUCAUUUUUUUCCUUUCAAAAAACGUUUAAAUAUAGUUAUACAAUGGUAAGAGUCAAAUAUACAUCGAUCUACUAAGGCAACUUGGCCUGAUGUUUGUGAUCACUAUAACAAAAAGGGAAUAAUUCAACACAAAAUGGAAUCAGCUUUCAAAGCGUACUUUCUUUUUGCAGUUUACUCGUACUUAGUGCCUAAUUUUUCAUCGUGCUGUCUGAUACAUAGAGAACCGGUAUUUAUGACAGAGCCAAAGGAUAUUUCAGUAAUAGAAGGUGAAAAUACGCUAUUCAGCUGCAGUGUGUCACCUUUUAACGUUGAAAGUGACUUCUUAAGGUGGUCUGUUAAACCCAGCCUCUACAUAAACGUCAUAUCUGACUCUUACAAUGACAUUACCGGUCUGAUGACCUCAACUUUAACCGUAUUUAAUAGUGGAGAAGUAGAACAAACCCACCAAUGUAUCUUUCAAAGAAUAAAUUCAGACUAUACUGUGUACAAAUGUUCCUCUAGAGUUGCUCGAUUGAAGGUGCUUCGUUUCCCUAUACAGCAAGACAUUUCCUGUGGGCCAAAGAUUUCUCGGUGGAUUCCCGAAUACGAUCAAGUGAUUUUCUGGUGUAAGGUAAAGCAAAGAAAUCUCGAUGUCCACAUGGUCAAUGUUUCAUUGCAGAAAAAUAGUAGGGUAAUUGUAAAGCCUACGGUAGAAACUAAAAAUGGUUUCUUGGUGUUUCGGCACAAUGGGUGUCACUCAUUCCAUGAAUAACGAAACCUUGCUUUGGGUAGUGCGGAGUCCCGUUUUCCCUAGAGUUAGCCAAUCCUGCAGUAUCGGCCCUCUGAUGAUUCGACAAGAACCUCGUAUUUUCAUAACCACGGGCAACAUGAGUUUACAAUCGAAUGAAAAGAUGGAGGUAUUUUGCAAACGUAACAACAUUGACAGUCUGAUCUGGUCUUGUGUACCUCCUAAUACAGUUUGGGGAUGUGACGGUUUAACGACCAAUGAAAUUGAGAUUUCUUUAAAUAGUUCCGUGAAUUCCGAAGACAUAAGCUUUGUGACAGCUAUCUGUUCUGCUUCAUCCACUUUUCAAUUCGAAGAAGAGUCGAAGAAAGGUUAAACAUAUCUCUUGUAAAGGCAAAAAAAGGAACAUUUGCCUUGCACAGAAGUGAGAAUGGAAGUACGCGACAAUCAUUCCUGGCACAACGCUUCCAAGUCUAUUGGUGACAUUAUUUCAUGUUCAUUGCAAUGCGAUAAUGUUGAUAAAGGCUUCGAAAGACAAGUGACAUUCACAUGGAUCUUAGAUGAUCACAUUUUAAAAGAAGAUAUUUCAAAGAUUCAUGAAAUCAAUGGGUCAUUUGGAUCUAUCUUAAAUCUAAGCCACCACUCCGUGAUGAGAAAUAGCUCGUUUCUCUAAUGUGAGUCUAAAAUGGAAGGGAGAAAUGAGAUACUGUCAACCAAUAUUACGUUUGAUAAGUUAUCGCGACCAAACAGGAAUAUAUCCUCGAAUCAUCUUCCCCAUUCCGGAACAUUGAGUUUUGUGACUGUAACCAGUUCGACCACGACACAGGUAACAGCUUCUGACUUCAGUGGCACAGCUAUAGAAUCAUCCACAGUAUUUUCUCUAAUUCAUACCGGAUUUCACAGCACGAAUUUCCCAGUCCCUACAUUUUCAUCUGAUCAUGAUAAAACGUCUAUGAAGUCAUUUCCGCUGACAGAAGUACCAGGGAUUGACCACCGUCUUGAUACUAAGACUAUUAUGUUUACGGUAGUAUCCGCUGUUGGGGCAGGUAUUUUUCUGUCCAUAUUUUUUGUAGUUCUCUGUAAUAUUGCUAUGUAUCGGCGUAUCUUACGAUCUUUUCAGCCUACACAUGAAGGUGUUAACAAUGUAGAAUGUAAAUUUGAAAAUGAAAUUCUGUAUGAAAAACCUCUCGGUACUGAAAACCAUCUGUCUCGAUCCAUUCUUAGCGUCCAAGAAACCUUGAUAGGAAAGUUAACCUCGGAUUCUACAAGCAGCGAGUCAAAUUCUAUCCUGUCAUCAAGUAAUAGGCAUUCAGACUCUAUCUAUUCUAUUUCUUUCAACCCUGAAAACUAUAGACCUACUAGCUCGAGUAGUGACUUAAGCGAGCCAAGUGGCUAUUCUGAUGAAAGACCAUCGUCUUUAAAAUCUUAUAAUUCCAGUGAGGGUGACGAAAACAUGUACGAGACUGUUUAUGAUAAUCAGAGUGUAGUAGACAUGCAUAUCAUUGGUAAGCCAAGGUUCAAACCUACAGAAAGAAAUCCUACAUCCCACCAAACAUACCAAAAAUAUAAACAUCUUCAGUUACCAUUAUUUCCUAAACCCAUACAAACCAGCCAUGCCAGCUCUGUAUAGGUUUUUAAGCUUGGCUCAAAAUAAAGUUCCAGUUGUACCAAAUUGUUAUGAGCACUAUUUUUACCCGACUGUAGUA